CCAGAGGGCUUUAAAAAACCUUCAAGCUCCGAAAUGGAUAGGAUCUCCGCUUCAGAAAGACUCCAUCCAACGUCAGAAAAAAGGCACUCCGGCUACAGCAUCCUAGUUGUCCCGCCAUGCUUCCAUCCCGUUGGUAACAUCACUUCGUCUUCGUCAGAGAAACAUUCGACUCUUUUCCCUAUCCACCCUGGUGGGAUAAUCAUUCCCUUACAGUCCACACUUAAAAAUCAGAUCAGUGAAGUCGCUCGUUAUUUUACCCUUCCCUCAACGGUGGGUUUGUCUUUGCAUGCCAACGUAUCAAUUCAUGGAUCAUUGCAGAGCACACGGCCGGCGGGGCAAAGCGGGAGUGACUGUCCCCUUCCGUUGAUUUCAGCGGCUUCGUGGAAUUCGCUCUUUUUUGGCUACCUGGGGCACGACGACAUUCCCAAGCCUCAACAAACGACGUGGAUGGGCCCUUCUCGUCCUUCUGGCAUAGGAGUUUUGGUGCGACUUGAGUUUCGAAUUGAUUAUCACACCGCGAGCUGGUAUGAGGCAUGGUUGAUGGCCACACUUUGUCGGAAGGUUCAGGCGCCCAGGGACUUGGACGAAAGUGUGGAGGAAAUCCGCAGGCAAUCAAGCAUGGCUGCUUCAUCUUCCUCAAGCGAAUCCUCCCAAUCUACAGCUCCCACUUCCUUAAACCCUUCACCGGUGCAAUUCGGAUUGAUGAAAAUCACCGGCACGCUCGAUGCAAUAACGCCAUCCUCAACUCCACGUGAUGGAUCCACAAGAGCCAUCCGAAGCCGAAGCAUUCAUCUAUUGUCACAAGCUAGGCAAUACAGGAGGAAUCAUCCAACCGAGCCUCAGUGGGUGAGCAAAACAAUCCUGCAGCCAGUUCGUAAAAAUCGGAAUUCAAGCCAAGAUUUCGAUCUAUUCAUGACCCCCCCAAGUUCUGCAAGUAACUCCGUCAGCGAGAAUUCCGUCCCUAAGAUUGAAUAUCAAGAAGCUCAUGUUGCGUCUCGCGAAGAACGGGCACUUUCCAGCGUAAUGUCCACCAAUGAAACGAAUUCCGAGGAUUCCGAUUCCACUCACAGGGCAAUCGACAAAAAAUUCAAGAUUUCAUGCGAGUCUAGUUCCACAGAUCAAGUUUACAAUCAUCCAAACAUCAGUGAUGAUUACUUUCAAUCUAGAAUAAGUGAACCAGGGAAGAGCGUCAUGAUGGAAACAGCAGCUUCAGAGGGGAGUUCGAUUGACCGGGAAGGUACUCAAGUCUCUGCCGCUGAGCUUGCUGCAAACCAGACCGCUCCAGUGACCCCGGAUGAUAAGCACGACAAACGGUCUUCAGGGGUGAACAUAAUUUCCGACUGGAAGAAUUUCUUGUCCAACAUGAGUCCUGCAUCAGCCUCUACUUCCGGAGUUGUCGAAAGUGAUGGGAGUAGCUCUGAGAACAGGUCACGGCGUGUACCCCAGCGGCUAAAUUUAGAGCCAGCGGUGGAGAUCAGCAAUGCUGCGCCCGUCAUAUCACCAUCAUCAAAUACUCCUUCACCCGUCGGCUCAACUUUCGCAAUGAACAAAACCCCAGAAAACCUGCAUGUCGAGCAGAAGCAAACCCAGAACAGAGACAGAAAUUCGGAUGUCUCUUCUGAAGGCACCAGCGCCAGUGGUUCCCGUUCCCCUAGACCCUUCCUAAAUUCCUCGCCAUCAUCGUCCAUCUGGAAGCUAUCAGAGCGGGGUAGGAAACCAUGGUCACUUUCGAAGAUCGUCGAAAACAUUCGCUCGGAUUCGGUGAAGAAGAAGGCGAGUCAUCGAGGCCAUCCAUUGAGGACCGGCUCGUAUUCUUCCAACGAUCUGCUCGCCAUCAGUAACUCUUCCGAUUCGCUCAUCAAGGCCGGUAAACAUUCCAGUUCGUCGCUUGAUGGGAUGAGGAAAUAUCACGAGUCUCCCGGCUCUUCGAUUGCUCAAGGAUCCAGUCAUUCGUCCAAUUCGAAGGAGAAACUGUCCGUCACUGCGUCUGAUUCGUCCCUUGAUCAGACGGCUGCUCGGCGAGCGGUCCCGAUGCGCGUGGCCAACCAAUCCAAUCCAGGUCUUGGCUCUGAAUCAAAUCGAAGUUCGAAGGUGAUGGAAUCGGAAACCGAGAAAGCCCAUCCUGGAACUCGGGGGUCCUCUCAAUGGUCCCAAUCAGCAGCCAACUGUUUUCCGACCUUCCUUCCGCUCUCCCUCAAUAGAAUGUCCUCAGUAUCUUCCCUAUCCUCCGUCCAACCAGUCAUUCAUAAGGCUCGAAAAGUCGAAAUCGUUAAUAAUUCUACUUCCCGUCUAACUACUUUAAAGCCUCCCGCUUGA